AUGAUAGUACAAAUGUAUUUUCUACACAAAGACAUUAGUCCGCCGCUUCGAAUGCCCGACCCCAGGUUUGACGCACGAUUACACCCAUCACAACUAGCCCUCGGAACUCCCGAUAUUGUGCAAGAAGAUAGCCCAACCGUUGUCAUUGAUGAAGAGGAACUGAGUAUGAAGCACUUUGGUGCUCUCCUAACUGGUCGAUCUCCUCUCUGCAUUCGGCGUGAUGACAUGACUGGUGUACCCGUAGCUGCUGGAGUGGCCACAGCUCGGUUUACUUUCCGACGACGUCAUCUCUUCUGGUCUGUAAUUUUGGGGCCAUCGAUGGUUACUCGGCCGAGAGCACUUGCCUUCUUGGAUCGAGGAGGUCGGAUGCUUCUAGAACAUCCGCUAAAAAAGUUUCAAGGCAUACACGCUACGUAUGAAGAAAAAACUGAUAAGCUCUGUGGAGUCUGGCGCAGAGUGCCGCGGGAGUACAAACGUUUGCUCCGCGAAGGCUCUUUGUAUGUUGCCCUUAUAUGGGGUGAUGAGCGCAAUAACUCCAUGGAUACAGCGCUAAGUGGAAGGAUUAGCAGAUAUCCAGCACUUGCAACAGAGAUGUUUACAUCUCUAUUGGAGCCAGAACAUGCCCCAGCAUCAAUCGGUAACGGAGCUUGUGAUGAUUACCGUGUACCGGGACAGGAAGAAGGCUGGUGGGGUGGGACAGCAGUGGUGACGGGUGCGGCUGGAGCAGCCCCCAGCUUGCACCUGGCUAUAGUUUUUAAUGGCGUGUUCAAGCCUGCCUCUAGAGAACAGACCAUCAAAGUAAUGCUGACACUACCAGAGAAGAAUCAGACUAUUAUUGACGAGGUUCACAAGAUGAGUAAACCCAGCUAUGACUUUAACAUUAUCGAAGUAUCUACACCUGUAUCAGCUGCGGAACUAAGAUCCCUAGCCAGAGGCAGGCUUCUGCUCUCCGUUGAAGCCAUCUCUACUCCAGAGAGACGACUGACUGGAGUUGUCCGCCAAAGAGCAGCUUGCGAGGUCUUCCAUGCGCCUUUAAUGGCUGAGCGGCUCUCGGCUGCCACCAUACCUGAAGGGCUGGCUCUUUUGUAUAUUGACAAGGAGGGGUCACUGGUUUAUGAUAUACAGGUUGACAAUUUGAGUAUAGCUGAUCCAAAGAUAACGUUGGUGGAAGAGCAGGGCAAGAGACACUCGCAAGUGGAAAUUCUGGAUACAAGAAUGGGAGUGCUGGCCAGGCCCAGUGCGAGGAUUUUCCCCCCGCUCUAUGAAGACCAGCUCGCUGUACAUAUAGGAUCUGAUGCAGGUCCGCCGCUGCUGCGAGGUCGCUUAUUGUCCCGCUCGUUGCCGGACGCGGCCGGGGCCGGUCCAGCCCUCUUGAAGCGGACGGACGCUCGACUCGCCCCUUCCACUAUCGUCGCGGGUCUCGCCUGGGUCUCUGUUGAUGCGUUGUGUGGAAUUAAUUAUGAAGUUACAAUAAACGGUUACAACGGUGGCUGGUCGUCGUGGCUGGAGAGUCACGCUCUCGGAUCCUCCGCUCCGAGGGCUCUGGCGGGACAAGAAGGUUCAGUGCUGGAGCCGACUCCAGCGGAACUGUCAGCGUUGCACGCAGGCGCUGCGUAUCUCAACGUACGCGCUGCGGAGAACGGCACUGAGUUUCUGCGCACGCGACUACCACAGAUAAGUGUGCCACCAUCCUGUCUCCCCUCGGUGCCGUACGUCGUAGACAAUGAGCUCAGCCCCAACUACCCUCCGACGCACGUCAACGUGCCUCCAGACAACUCCUUGUCCAACACCGCGUCGUGCUUCUACGCGGGUCGCUCUUAUGAAGAUGGCGCUCAGUGGAUGGCCACCGAGUCCUGCCACAUGUGCGGGUGUGUCCAUGGCGCCCUUCGCUGUGACCCCGUCCGCUGUCCCGUCGUGGAGUGCGCCGCCCCCACGAUUCAGCCGCCAGGACAGUGCUGCCCCAUCUGUACAAACUCGACAACCGCCGUAUGGAACGAAUCGCACGGGUGUCACCUCGCGGGGCAGUACCACGCCCCAGGCUCCUCCUGGCAUCCGUACUUGGUACCGGGAGGUUAUGACACGUGCGCUGUCUGCACUUGCGAGUUUUCCACGCGACAAGUGAAGUGCCCCCGCGUCAAAUGCCCUCUCUUGAAGUGCGCUGAGAAAGACGCUUAUCGACCCGACAAGAAGUCUUGUUGCAGAGUUUGUCCAGUGGUAAAAGAAAAGAAGUCUGACGAAGACACGUUGAAGGAUCAAGGCACUCCGCGGACAGCGGAGGAAAUAUUGGCUGAAGGAGGAUGCAAGUUCCCAGAUGGGCCUUUACCCAACGGGAAGGAGGUCCAUCCCUCCAUACACUCGCAUGGAGAACAGAGAUGUGUCACCUGCCGUUGCAAGGAUGGCGAAGUGACCUGCGUACGUAAGCGUUGCAACAGAGCCGCGUGCGCACGAAGACGACGCGGCGACGCCUGUUGCGCUUGCACUCGGCACCGCCGCCAACGCGCCCCACGUCCGCCCAGCUGA